AUUGAAGUCACGGCGCGCACGCGGACAGUUUCCGUCUUUAUAAGCGCACGACCGUCGGCUCGUCUCGGUCCAUGUAGCAGAACAAUUUAACCAAACAAAAACAUUCAAAAACACUGUGUUUUAAAUGGAAAGGUUUCGACUGCAGAACUGCUAACAGGUUGAUUUCAGACAAACCGGAUUACAGAAAGGAGAUCCAUCUGAAGUGCAACCGGAUCCGAGGCUGGUCAUUUUAGCACUGUAUUAAUUAUUUACUCUGGGAUCUUUUGGUGUCUGUGUGUCCGGGGAGGACAUUUGGUGUUUAUUUUGAUAUGGAGGAAGACAACACGGUUCCAGAUUUCAGGGAUAUCGAGGUGAAACUGGGCCGGAAAGUACCGGAGAGCUUGGCACGGUCCAUUACGCACAGAGCAAAACCAUUAGAAUCCAGAUCUCAGGGUCACGGCACCAACUCCGAUCUUAAACAACUGGAAAGCAAGAUGCUUUUCCUUAAACAGGAAAUGGCUCAUCUCCGUGCCAUUGAUGUGAAACUGAUGCAGCAGCUUCUUUCCAUCAAUGAAGGAAUCGAGUCUAUCCGCUGGGUGAUGGAAGAGCGAGGAGGCAUAGCCAGUCGGGAGAGCAGUUUAAAUGGCAGUCUGUACAGCCUCUCUGACAGCCAGGACGCGUCUCAUAACGGGAGCUUCAGCAGUCUCCAAGACCGAACAGACGAACUGGAUGGAAUUUCAGUCGGCAGUUACUUGGACACUCUAGGGGAGGACUUUGAACAUUCUUCCCCCACUGACCAAUCAGAUAGCUUCACUGACCAGUCCAUUAUCGCAGAAGAGUCGUUCAGUAAAUCUCCACUUCGACCCAGAGUGGACUCGGAUGAGUACUACUGUUUUGGAUAACUCUAGGAUAUACUGCAAAGGAUUGUGGGGCAUCUAAAGCUGCUGAUCAUAAAUCAGUUGGUUAUUUUAAUGAAUGAAUGAAAAUAUUCAGUCAGGAGAAACUGCUGGAGGGAGAAGGUGUAGGUAGUCGAAGCUAAAUGUUAGCUAUUAGCCGUUAGCGCGUUCUGAUGUCACUGUGAUUCUGUUCAUGUGUCACCAGAAUUUAAUCAGCUGAACUAAAGUUUAUAAGUGAAUUCAUAUGGAUAAAGAUCCAGAUUUCUGCUAUACAGCAGCAGUUGCUACAUGAAGCACAGCAUUUCCAGGGAAUAAAGUUUUAUGUUGUGCACCAAGUUCAUAAUUAUUCAAAAACUGUUUGUCUUAGAUUAUUUCUCUGCAGUUAGUCCAAAUAUUUGUCAGGGUUAUGCAUUAGGUCCAAACAUUAACCCUCCUAGCGUUCUUUAACGAGUGACAAUAAUGUAAAUCUUAGAAUACAUAAAAGGGACCAGAGUGGACAUUUUCUACACUGAAACCAGACCUUCACUGACCAUAAAGUGCAACUCUGUCAAGUUUCAGUAUGCGUGAACAAAUGUUGAAACUAGCCCAUAUUAGUAGAACACCUGUAACAUAGUUACUGCACAGAAUGGUCAGGUUCUCAAGUUAAGAAGAUGGUGAAUACAAUUGAAAAAAUCUUCACACAUGUCUUUAGGAUUACUAUGUAGCAUUAACGUGCAGCUAAGGUUCUUGUGUUAAAUGGUGUACGUCAUAAUCGCUGCACUUUCUGGUCAGUGAGGCUUUUGAAGAAAGUGCAAUUUCUGCUAAUCUCCCAAACUUUGCAACGAAGACAUUAUUUUUCUCUUAGUUUUAAAGACUGAAUUCUUGUCCCUGCCACUGCCUAACCUCAUCUUUAUUUGAAUUACGUAUUGAACUGUUAACACUGUUUUUAUAGAGAGGACCUUUGAAACUUGCUUGUCCACUUUUUAACUUUUUUUUUUCGUACUGUGUACUCUAUGAGCAGCCCACUAAAGACAUAGAGUCAUGUGAUUCAUUUUGAAUCUGGACUCACAUAUGUCUCAGUGUGAGUGUGUGAGAUUUUAUACAUUUCUGUUGUACUGUACAGUUGUUCCUAAUUUAUUACUGUACCAUUUUUAAAUUGUAUUUUGUGGUGAAAAUGUUAUAAUAUAUUGUUUUCAUGAGAA